AUGAUUAAUCAAAAUGAUCAAAUGCAACGGCAACAUGAAAUCCAAAAGGAAAGGAAACGCCAUGUGGAGGAAAAUGAAGAACUGCGUUCUUUAUGCAUACAGAAAGAAGAGCAGAUGCAGGUCUUGCGCAAGAAAGUCUCGAGCCUCGAGAAGGCACUGAAACCGUAUCAGAAGGAAAAUAUCAAGCUUCGAUCGGAGGUUGAUUCCUUGAGAAAAGAGAACGACAAUUACAAAGUCGCCCUCGAGCAAGUGAAACCUGUAGAGGUGAAGGUAUCAAUGAAUAUUCCCGAAUCGUCAAAUGUCUCUGAGAAAAAGUCAUUGCUUGAAAAAUCUCGUGAACGCGAUAAAGUUGCUUCGGCCUCGUCAACGAGAGAUCAUGUUCAACAUGGAAGCCAUGACCUAAGUGCUAUACUAACGUCGCGUAGUUCUGUCAAAGAAGACAAGCAUCUAAGAAUUGGAGCAACUCAGAACAAAGCUUUAAGCGCACAUCGGGUAUACGUGAAUAUUGGCUCUGUAUUGUUUCAAAAGAUACUCUGA